UGAUUUUCCAACAUGCACUUUGUGUUUACCAGUUGGUCGUCGAAUGAUUUCUGCACGUAGGAUCGUUCUCUCAAAAUUUACGCCGGCCUCUCAAUUCACGUCGGAUGUUUAUUUCUUCAUCGAUUUAAGUUGAUAUUAAUCUAACAGGCACAAAAACAAUGGCAUCCAAUCUGCUGAGAGUUGUCCGUCGACAGUUCUCGACGACGCUACUGCGAAGGGCAGAGACCUCAGCGUCGGCCACCGCCCCAGACUCCCACGGCUCCACCAAGACCUGGAAGAUGCUGACGUUCCUGGUAGCGAUUCCCGGCGUGGCUUUCUGCAUGGUCAACGCCUACAAGGGGGAGAUGGAACACAAGGCCCACCAUCACCGGGACGAAUUCGUGGCCUACCCGCACCUGCGCAUCCGCAACAAGCCGUUCUUCUGGGGAGAUGGUAACCACUCAUUGUUCCACAACCCCGAGAGCAACGCGCUACCGGAGGGAUACGAAGGCGAGGAAUAGAUGAAAACCCGUCCGUUGUAGCAACACGAGUUACCGAAAGCCUCGUGAAUUAUUAUUGAAAAGACUGUAUGGAGUUUUUGUUUUAGUGUUUACUGAUAGCUGGAGUAAUACAACGGGAUGAAAGUGUAGGGGAAAAAAAUAACAGAAAAUGUACAUUUACAAUGAUUUCUUAUGAAUUUGCCCUGACUGGCUUUAGCUAUUUUCUCCACACCAUGUUGAUUCCAACAGACCUAACAACAGGGAAUCUGCAGAAACUUACAAGUGACCUGUAUUUGAGGCAUAAAUCAACCACAGAUUUCAACAGACUCUGCAUGCUCUUGGAUCUUGUAGGUUCUAAGAUGGGUGUGGUAGGGUUGAACUUGUUGCUACAUUCAGAGUGUAAUUAUUCAUGUACUGCAAAGAUUCUAAAAUGUACAGGAUGAAAUUCUUUCAGGUACAUGUAACUGGACAUGUGUGCACCUCGUUCACUGCAGAAGCUCGAUUUGUACAACAACCAAAUUGAACGGCAUGCAUGGGUAUGCUCUACGAUACAAAGAUUUUAAUUUAAUAGGGAGUGAUUGAGUUGGUCAGCUGCUAGUAAAAUUUCAUGUACAGUCAAAUCUCGUUAGUACAAACUCUGUUAAUACAAAAUUCUGGUUAUAACAAACAUAAAGCCUUAGUCCCGACUGUGCAUGUAUGUGCACAAGGAAUAGGACUGACUCUUAAUACAAAUUUCUGAUAUAACAAACAAUUUGGCUAGGUCCGAACGAGUUUGUAUUAACGAGACUCGACUGUAUAAAUCUAAGCAUGGUGUUUUUCCACAUGGUAUAUUUCGCAAGGAACAAGCUUUAAGGCCUGUUCAUGCUUCAUGCGAAUGCGAUGCAAAUUUGACGUCACAAAGCAAUCGCUGCAAAAUUCGCCCAAGUUAAAAUGUGUUCAACUUUUGCGAAUUUGCCCUGACGUCACAAAUUCGUGUUCGCUAUCGCGCCAAUAUGAAUCAGCCUGUACAUGUGUGCAACGGAAGAAAUACGCAAUUUUUCUGUUCUGGGGACUGCCAUGAUUGAAGGACUAUAUCUGUCCCCGUGAUUCAAUUUUGUGGUUUGACUGAUGCACUAUUUGACACGUUUGUUGUUCCUGGUAAAAAACGAUUUUGCUCUCCAUAGUCUACACAGGGAAUACUUUCAUAGCACAUUCGUCACAACAAUUUAAAUUGGAGUUUCCUUUUUUGUGAAACGGGUGAUUUCCUUUUUAUGGUUAUUCUCAGCAGAUGUUUGCAGUUCUGUGGGGAAAAAAACUCAGAAAACAGCAUCUUUACUUGUAAACAAUAUCACACUUUCAGACCUUUUUUGUAUUCAAGACAAAGAGAAGAAAGGAAUUCCAUUCAAUUGCAUUGACUGCAAAAGUAGCCCAUGCUUUAGACCUUCAUUAACAAGAGUUCACUUUUGUCGAGUUUUGUUAAAUCCCUGAAUUGUUUCAAGUAUGUUUUGUUUGUCCUUUAGUUUAUAUUAUUGCAGUGUGCAUGGUCAUCUAUCUUUAGCACCUUACGUUUGUACACUAGCAAUAAGAAAGAUUUGCAUCACCAAUGUGUACACUAGAAGUAACCGUCAUGACUGUUGCCCAGUUCUUGACACUGUAAACACUUAAAUUGAAUAAAGUGUGUUUUAAUUAUGA